AUGACGAUUCUAUUUGAAAGCGCCACCACCUCCGCCCUCUCCCUCAGAAUCUUACUGAUUUCCACCACCGUAAUCUCCGCCGCAGUGAUGCUAAAGAUCUCCGCUCCGGUUAUCAGUGAUUUCGCAGUCAGCGACGUUCCAUCCAUCUGGAACGCCGUCGUUUCGUGGCUCCGUCCUCCGUAUCUCUACCUCGUCAUCAAUUGCAUCAUCAUCACCAUUGUCGCCUCCUCCAAGCUCCAGUCCAAGCUCGAUGACCACGUGUCAGCUCCUCCGCCGGAUACGCAUGUCCAAUCUCACCCCGCUCUGCCUCAGGUGCGGGAAAUUCAACCGCCCGCCACCGUGUUCUCCGAUCUCGUGCCGAGCUUCAGCGACGUCGUUUUGAAUAACCAGACGACCAGUACAAGGCCGGAAGUUUUCUCUUAUAGUAAUAGCACCUAUGAAGCCCAGGUCGAAAGUGCAGAUGCCGUGACUCCACAGACUGCAUCUGCGUUUCCUGAAGAAGAAGCAAAGAAGGAGAAAGAAGAUGAUGAGUUUGUGAUCUCGAGAUCGUCGUGGACGCCUUUGUCGAGGCAAGAGUCAUCAGAUUAUUCAGUUUCGACUGAGAAGCCACCGGCUUCUUCCAGAUUCAGUCACCGCAAAAACGCUAAAUCCACUCCUGACGGUGGGAAAGGCGCAUUGGCGGUGUCGAAGCCGAAACGGCAGGACACGCUGGAGAGCACGUGGAAGACGAUAACGGAAGGGCGUGCGAUGCCGUUGACGAGGCACUUGAGGAAGUCGGACACGUGGGAGACCCACGGCGGGCGCAGCCAUCUACGGCAGGAGAAAAUGACAAAAUCUGAGACAUUCAAUGACCGCUCAACCGCCGCUGGCAAGUCGACGUCACCGAGUCCGUUGUCCGCCAGGUCAGCCAAACUCAGGAAGGAGCCGUCGCUGGGCCAGGACGAGCUGAACCGCCGAGUGGAGGCGUUCAUAAAGAAGUUCAACGAGGAAAUGAGGAUGCAGAGGCAGGAAUCGCUGAACCAAUAUAAGGAGAUGAUUAACCGAAGGGCACAUUAAUCAGCAAUUUCCGGUGGUUUUUUAAGAAUCCAUGCUAAAUCGUCAACGUUGUUGGUGAUGAUGCAUGGCUAGUUAGACUGCAAAGUCAACACCAUAUACAUAUGUUCUGGUUUUCUUGUAGAAGAUGCAGUCGAAAUUUUCUUCAACCAACCCUAGUUUACUGCCUC